AUGCUGAAAGGCGUCCAAGAAAUUACAAAUGCCCUUGGAGCAGACGCAGUAACAACUGACGACGACGAUAUCGACGUACAUUCCUACUCAGAGGUGUCGACUUCGCAUUGUGCAGCGAAACCCGUGGCUGUUGUUAUGCCGAAGUCCACGGAAGAAGUGGCUCUCAUCGCACGAAUAUGCUCCAGGUACAAGAUUCCUAUGGUUCCCUUUGCCGGGGGGUCCAGUGUCGAAGGUAACUUCACCGCGCCGUAUUCGGGUUUGAGCAUAGAUUUCUCUCAGAUGAAUCAGAUAGUGGCGUUCCAUGAAGAGGACAUGGAUGUUGUCGUUCAACCGGGGGUCAAUUGGGUCGACCUCAACGACAGCAUCAAACACAGCGGUCUUUGGCUUCCGAUGGAUCCCAGUCCUACGGUUAUGAGGUACGGCACAAUGAAGGACUGGGUAGUCAAUCUCACCGUGGUGCUUGCAGAUGGCUCUAUCAUUAAAACGAGACACCGACCCAGGAAAUCAUCAGCCGGCUACAACCUAACAGGCCUCUUUGCAGGCUCUGAAGGCACCCUAGGAAUGAUCACAGAAAUCGCCCUCAAACUUGCACCGAUACCGGAGGAACGAAGCGUUGCAGUGGCCACAUUCCCGUCCGUCCGUGACGCAGUGGCAUGCGCAUCCAAGGUCAUGCGGCAAAGCGUUCAGAUCGCAGCGGUCGAGCUCUUGGACGAGGUUCAAAUGGGCGUAAUAAACAAGAACGGCGGCUCCGGUGGCCGGAAGUGGGAGGAGAAACCCACCUUGUUAUUCAAGUUCUCCGGUACAACGCAAUCAAUCGCCGCAGACAUCGCCAAGGUUGAAAGGAUCUCAUCCCAGGGUGGCGGCAGUGCGUUUGAGUUUACCAAGACCGAGCAAGACAUGCACAACUUCUGGUCCGCCCGCAAGGAGGCCGUAUGGGCCAUGUGUGCCCAGAGACCGGAGGGGACGCAAAUCUGGUCAACAGAUGUUGCGGUACCGUUGUCAAGAAUGCCAGAAAUUAUUGAUCUAUCGAAAAAGGAAUCGGAAGCCCUAGGUUUAUUCUCUAGCGUACUGGGCCAUGUCGGCGACGGAAACUUCCAUCAAGCGGUCAUGUACGACCCUGAAAGUCCUACUCAGACUCAAGCUGUGCAAGAGUGCGUCAGAAAGAUGGUCCAUCGUGCGAUCGAGAUGGAGGGGACAGUUUCAGGCGAACACGGAAUUGGGUUAGGUAAGAAGGAAUGCCUCAUCGAGGAAUUGGGACAACAUACAAUCUCUGUGAUGCGGACGUUGAAACGGAGUUUAGAUCCUCACUUCCUCAUGAACCCGGGCAAGAUUUUUGACCCGUAG